ACACAGCUUCUCUUCAGUCUACAACAAAUCCCGCGAAGAAGAGCCACAAAAACGCAUGUCGUCGCCCAUAAAGCUUAUCAGUUCGGGUGAGCUUGAGAUAACAUUCAGGUUGACUAAUGAUUCGAAACGUCGCUAAUCUCAUCUAACGCAGUUCAGUGAACGAGUUCGCCAUACGAAAAAAGAUAAUAUUGAUCUAGUGCGAUUAAAGGUAUACACAUUCUAUACCGAGUGUGUUUGUUCGGACAGUGCGAUAAUGUGUUCAACCCCACGGUGAAACAAAAAGGACUUUCGAUUAUGUCCAAGAACCAUUUCACGACCAACGAAGACAUGCAAACCGAUGUUCUACUAGACCCCAACUACAGAACUCCCGAAAGUCCCUUGGACCUCAGAGGCGGCACCAACGACGUCCAGGAUCCAAACAAAGACGGCAAGUAUCAGAAGACGAAGCCUAAGAAGUCUGGGCAUCAGUUGAUCAAACCACCUUAUUCGUACAUAGCACUGAUCACCAUGGCGAUACUUCAGUCGCCGCAGAAGAAGCUGACACUGAGCGGAAUCUGUGAGUUCAUCAUGACAAGAUUUCAAUACUACCGAGAGAAGUUCCCAGCUUGGCAGAAUUCCAUAAGGCACAACUUGUCGUUGAACGAUUGCUUCAUCAAGAUCCCCAGGGAGCCUGGUAACCCAGGUAAAGGGAACUAUUGGACUCUGGACCCUAUGGCUGAGGAUAUGUUUGACAACGGCAGUUUUCUCCGCAGAAGAAAAAGGUACAAAAGACCAUCCCCCAACGUUAUUCUACGAGAUCAUCACGCAUCAGCCAUGGUAGCCUCUUUCCUAUCUCAAGAAAACUACCACAAUUCCUUAUUCUCAUCACAUGGCAUACCAAAUCCAUAUUCGUACUUACCAGGACUACCCUCGGGUAUACCAAACAACCUACCCUUACUCCCACCAAUGGACCUAUCAAGAUUAGGCCUAGGCCAUUUGGGCAUCUUACCUCAACCGACGACGCUGUGUAAACCUGUACCAGUCCAACCAAACAUCGCCCAAGUAUCGGAUACAGAUGAGUACAUGACAACUGAACUAAACAAGAAAUCUCGAAAUGGCUUCUCGAUAGAAUCAAUCAUAGGUCCUGAACAUUGCGGUGAUAAAAACCAGAACCUCAUCAAAAUAAAAGCUGAGAAUCCCGAUCUGAAACUAUCAAGAAUCCACAAUCAAAUCUCAGCUUUCGCUCCUUUGAACAGCACCGAAGAGUGGAUGAGGUGAAAAUUCCAAUAGAUCCAUGUUUAGUGUUCGAAAACUAAGGAAUUUCGAUAUUGUGACCAAAGAAUUUUGCAAUGUGUAUUAUUUGAUGCAAUAUAUUAUAAGUAUAGUUCGAAUAGCGCGAGGGACUUCGUUUUCAAAUGUUUGCCAUUUCCUCAUCUUACAUUAUUUUCAUCGUCCCUAAUCGAAUCACUCUAAUACUUGGAUGACUUCCAAGAAGUAUAGUCUUGGUAUCGAUUAAAAUGUAUAUCGAUCAAAUUCGAUAAACUCUGAUAUGUUGUGUUCUUGAAUUCGAUCAGAUUAGAAAGUUUUAUCUAUUUUAACUAGAGGUCUGAUACUGAUAAGAAGAUGAAUGGAAAAAUUAUCGAAAUUGUGCGUGAAUUUUUUGUCCGAGACAAGAAAUAUUUAUCGUAAUCAUUGUGUAAUAAAUAUAUCCUUAAUUGAACUUGAAAAUGUUUCCAAUAUUGUGAAUAUUAACUUAGAUAAAUUAUUUUGUUCCAUAUUGUAAAUAUGUAAAAUAUAUUGUAGAUUGCAUUUAUAUCUGAUAUUCAGAAACAAUAAAAUAAGUAUGACAUAUUA